CAGAGCAGAUGCUUGAGGGAGAGGGGGACCGGGAUGCAGAAUGGUACAUGCAGUAUCUUAACUUGGGCGUGGGACAUUUGAGAUUGCAGAAUCCAGAUCUCCAACACUCUGCUCAGGAGUUGGGUCCCCCCAUCCCACCCCCAGGGUGCUGGGGAGCCAGGGGAGGCUGUGAAUAGGGGAGGCCCCGAGUCGGCUCUGGGCGUCAGUGUCUUGGAGCAGGGAGGAGGCUGGAAGCCGGGAGGUGGCCCCGGGAAAACAGACACAAUGUUGAGAGGAACCGCAGCUGGACUGGGGACUCCAGUGUUCCGCCACGGCGACCGGGCCCCGCUGGCCUCCUACCCCACCGACCCACACAAGGAGGCCGUCACCACCCUGUGGCCAAGGGGCCUGGGCCAGCUGACUGGGGAGGGGGUCCGCCAGCAGCUGGAGCUGGGACGCUUCCUGAGGAGCCGCUACGAGGCCUUUCUGAGCCCGGAGUACCGGCGGGAGGAGGUGUAUGUUCGAAGCACUGACUUUGACCGCACGCUGGAGAGUGCUCAGGCCAACCUCGCAGGGCUAUUCCCUGAGGCUGCCCCGGGGCGCCCAGAGGCUGCCUGGAGGCCCAUCCCUGUGCACACGGUGCCCGUCACCGAGGACAAGCUGCUGAGGUUCCCCACGCGCAGCUGUCCCCGAUACCAUGAGCUGCUGCGAGAGGCCACGGAGGCUGCCGAGUACCAGACCGCGCUGGAGGGCUGGACAGACUUCCUGACUCACCUGGAGAACUACACGGGGCUGUCGCUGGUCGGGGAGCCGCUCCGCAGGGCGUGGAAGGUUCUAGACACACUGAUGUGCCAGCAAGCCCAUGGUCUUCCCCUCCCAUCCUGGGCCUCCCCGAACGUCCUACGGACACUAGCCCAGAUCUCCGCUUUGGAUAUUGGGGCCCACGUGGGUCCACCCCGGGCAGCCGAGAAGGCCCAGCUGACAGGGGGGAUCCUGCUGGAUGCCAUCCUUGCCAACUUCUCUCGGGUCCAGCGCCUGGGGCUGCCCCUCAAGAUGGUUAUGUACUCAGCUCACGACAGCACUCUGCUGGCCCUCCAGGGAGCCCUGGGUCUCUAUGACGGGCACACCCCACCGUAUGCAGCCUGCCUCGGCUUUGAAUUCCGGAGGCGCCUCGGGGACCCGGACGAAGAUGCAGGGAAUGUCACCAUCUCCCUUUUCUACCGCAACGACUCCACCGGCCUGCCCCUGCCCCUCAGCCUUCCCGGGUGCCCACGCGCCUGCCCGCUAGGCCGCUUCCGCCAGCUCACCGCCCCGGCCCGGCCUCCGGCUCACGGGGUCCCCUGCCACGGCUCCCCUGAGCCUGCCACCCCUGCAGGUGACGGCCACUGGCACUGGGGUGGGAGUGUGGGGAGGCCCAGGUCCCGAGACUCACACUCCCGUGUUCUCCCUGCAGCCACUGUGGUGCCCCUGCUGGCCGGGGCUGUGGCAGUGCUGGCAGUGCUCAGCACGGGGCUGGGCCUGCUGGCCUGGAGACCCAGCUGCCUGCGGGCCUGGGGGGGGCCCGUGUGAGCUGGGAGCCCGGCCACCCCCCCCCCCCCCCACAGCGGGCACUGCAUCCCAACACGUCUGC